AUGAUUGCUGAUUCGGUUUCGUCGCCACUAGAACAAUCAUCAAGCCACUCUACCAUGUACUCUACUAAUCAAACAAGUAUGCGAGAUAUUGAACUGUCCAACCGACAGAUCAUUCAAACUGCCAACCUAGAUGUUCGUAUGAAAUCCAAUGAAAUAUCACAGGAAAACGAUAAGACAAAAGAUUUAAUGAACAAUGAAGAAAUAGAUAAAGUUAUUAGCACUAAACAAGCUGAACAUAAGUUUGACGAGCCUUGUGAGAGGGAACCAGUUGUGAACACAGGAGCUAAACAAUCUGAAGUCACAGAGACAGACGAAGCUGGUGUGUCAAGUAAUGAAUGCCAGUUAGAGGAUUGUUCACCACAAAAGCGUCGUGAAAAAAGGCAGAAAAGGAAAAAGCGAAAAUCCCUUAUGGAAAUUUUAUUCGUGUGA